UUUUGGUUUUUCUUUACAACUUCAGAAACAACCGCCCGUAGUGGUCUCUCCCCUCCCAUAGUCUGCUCCCCCUCCCCUGACAGUCUCUCCUACUCCGUCCCAUCCCACGCAGUUUUGCUUUUAUUUCUCUCCCCUACCGCUGCCCUGAAACCUCGACAAUCGCAACUUUUAAGAAGAAAAAAAAAAACCUGACUCGUCUGCAGUACUGAUUUCUGGUCAGAAUAAAAAAUAUUACUCAAGCGUUUUCAUGUCACCACAGGACAUACGCUUACCGAAAUGGAAAUAUCACACAAGCGCCGUUGGGAUCACUUCUUGAUUUUGGCCACAGCGUUGAUGUCACCUGCGUUCACAGUGCUGUGCAACGACAUCCUGGGCCUGAAGGUGGCGGGCGACCCGGUGCUGACGCCGCACACGGUGUGCCUGCGGCUGGCGGGCCUGAGCAAGCGGCAGAUGCGUCUGUGCGUGCGCAGCCCCGACGUGACGGCCUCCGCCCUGCAGGGCAUCCAGGUGGCGCUGCACGAGUGCCAGCACCAGCUGUGGGACCAGCGCUGGAACUGCUCCUCCCUGGAGAGCCACGGCAAGCUGCCCCUGCACAGCGCCAUCCUCAACCGCGGGUUCCGUGAGAGCGCCUUCUCCCUGUCGCUGCUGGCGGCGGGCGUGGCGCACUCGGUGGCGUCGGCCUGCAGCCUGGGGAAGCUGCGCGGCUGCGGGUGCGAGGCCAAGCGCCGCCUGGACGAGGACAAGAUCCGCCUCAAGCUGUCGCAGCUGCAGCUGCAGACCCUGCAGCGGGGGGCCGGGGUCCGGGGGGUCCACGGCGCCCCCGCCCCCGCCCCCGGGCCCGCCGUCAAGCUGGCCCCCCACCCCGCGGAGCUCUCCUCCGACGCGCACCUCGCCCACCACCCCUCCGCCCCGCUGAGCGCGCUCCCGGAGGACGACCCGCCCCCGACGCCGCAGGACACCUGGGAGUGGGGGGGGUGCAGCCACGACGCCCGCUUCGGCGAGCGCUUCUCCCGCGAUUGGCUGGACUCCCGCGAGUCCCCCCCGCGCGACAUCCACGCCCGCAUGAGGAUCCACAACAACCGCGUGGGCCGGCAGGUGGUGACGGACAACAUGAAGAGGAAGUGCAAGUGUCACGGCACGUCGGGGAGCUGCCAGUUCAAGACCUGCUGGUACGUGUCCCCCGAGUUCCGGCUGGUGGGGUCCCUGCUGCGCGAGAAGUUCCUCUCGGCCAUCUUCAUCAACUCGCAGAACAAGAACAGCGGUGUCUUCAACUCCCGCGCCAGGGGCGGGGCGGGGGCGGGGCAGCAGGCGUCCCCGGCGGCGGUGGCGGGCGCCAGGGGCCGCCGCCGCAGCGUGUCGCGGGAGCUGGUCUACUUCGAGAAGUCGCCGGACUUCUGCGAGCGGGAGCCGGAGGUGGACUCGCCCGGCACGCGGGGCCGCGUCUGCAACAAGACCAGCACGCGCAUGGACGGCUGCGGCUCGCUGUGCUGCGGCCGCGGCCACAACGUGCUGCGGCAGACCCGCAGCGAGCGCUGCCACUGCCGCUUCCACUGGUGCUGCUACGUGCUGUGCGAGGAGUGCCGCGUCACAGAGUGGGUCAACGUCUGCAAGUGAG